AUGACAGACUCGGCCGACAAAGCCAUCGACGGCGACGCUGAGGGGGUUUGGAGCCCGGAUAUUGAGCAGAGUUUUCAGGAGGCCCUCGCCAUCUAUCCGCCGUGCGGCCGUAGGAAAAUCAUCCUGUCGGACGAGGGCAAGAUGUACGGUCGCAACGAAUUGAUUGCACGCUACAUCAAGCUGAGGACGGGGAAAACUCGUACAAGGAAACAGGUGUCUAGUCACAUACAGGUGUUAGCACGGAAGAAAGUGCGCGAAUACCAGGCGGGUAUCAAGGUUUCUAGCCACUUGCAGGUUCUCGCCCGGAGAAAAUCUCGCGAGAUCCAGUCAAAGCUAAAGGCGAUGAAUUUGGAUCAGGCGUCCAAAGAUAAAGCCCUGCAGAACAUGGCGGCGCUAUCGUCAGCACAGAUCGUCUCACCGAGCAUGAUCAAGAGUCAUAUUCCACCAAUGCCCCCCGCCGCCUACCAGCCAGGCAGAUUCUGGCACGCGCAGAUUCCGGGACAACCUGGACCCUCUCAGGAGCUGGUUCUAGAUCUCAACCCGGGAAGGACUCCUGGGCUCGGUCGUACCAGCCAAGUUAUCAAACCUUUUGCACAGCCCCCCUACCCGAGCCUAUCAGGUCCGGUAACGCAGUCCAUACCAAGUUACGAGCCCUUGGCUCCGCCCCCCGCGCCCACAGCCACAGCGGUGCCAGUGUGGCAGGAUCGGACCAUCGCCUCCUCCAAGCUGCGCAUGUUGGAGUACUCGGCCUUUAUGGAGGUUCAGAGGGACCCAGACACAUACAGCAAACACCUGUUUGUCCACAUAGGACAAACCAAUCCGUCGUAUAGCGACCCCCUCCUGGAGGCUGUGGACAUCCGGCAGAUCUACGACAAGUUCCCCGAAAAGAAGGGUGGUCUCAAAGAGCUUUACGAGAAAGGCCCUCAAAACGCGUUUUUUCUGGUGAAAUUUUGGGCCGACUUGAACAGCAGCGGGAUGCAGGACGGCCCCGGUUCUUUCUAUGGUGUCACCAGUCAGUACAGUAGCGCCGAGAACAUGACCAUCACUGUUUCGACCAAAGUCUGCUCCUUUGGGAAGCAGGUGGUGGAAAAAGUUGAGACCGAGUAUGCCCGACUGGAGGGUGGCAAGUGCGUUUACAGGAUUCACCGCUCGCCCAUGUGCGAGUACAUGAUCAACUUUAUCCACAAGCUCAAACAUUUGCCCGAAAAGUACAUGAUGAACAGUGUUCUUGAAAACUUCACCAUCCUGCAGGUCGUAACGAACCGCGACACCCAGGAGACGUUGCUGUGCAUCGCGUUUGUGUUUGAGGUGUCCACGAGCGAACACGGUGCCCAGUAUCAUGUCUACAGACUUGUGAAGGACUAA